UAUAUAUAAAAGUAGUCCUAGGAAACCCAAUGGAGUUAGUAUAAAUAGAUGGCCUUCUCACCAUUUGCUCCUGUCAAUCAGAAUCUCCCAACAACCAUGGCUGGGGACAGAAGCUGGGUCCUCUUUGUAACAGCAGUGUGUCUGGUCAGUAUCUCUUCCGUCCACGCUGACACCUCCCCUCGUGUGGGACUCCUGUUUGUGUACGAGCUCAGUAAAGAGCAUUUCCAGAAUGAAUUCCCUCCCUUCCUUAGCCACUAUGUGUAACUUACAGAACUAUCCUGACCUGCCCCGUUGGCUGCGUUACUCUCAGAGAAGCCCCGGCCACGAUGGCUAUCUGUACGGGAAUCCAGCGUCGGCUGACCAGGGGAGGACAGUCAUUGAGGUGACAGCUAUAAACAGACGGACAUAUGACACAGUCAGACAGAGAAUUCCCUUCACUGUGGGGACCCACGGCUUGCGGAUUCCCUACCAGGUGGAAUUCUUUGUCCCUAAAAGGGACGUAGAGGAGGUCCUUCCUUCCCAGAUCCAGAAGAACUUUCUAAAUGAUCUGGAGGCAGUGUGGGCGACUGACCGCCUGCAUGUGGUCAAUAUCACCUCUGCAUUGGACAGGGGCGGUCGCGUGCCUCUCCCCCUCCCAGGGCUGAAGGAAGGGGUUUACAUCAAGGUGGGCUCGGAGGUGCCCUUCUCCCAGUGUCUGCUGCAAGCCUUGGAGCCUAUGAACCAGCAACGCUGCAGCCAGCAUCUCAGACCCAUCCUAUCCUGUAACGAGUGGUUCAGUCCUCACAUCCACAUAGACUGGUGCAACAUCACCCUGAUUGACCUGACCCAGGCCACGCCCCCUGCCCCAGGCCCCACCCUCGGUUCUGGAAUUCUGCCGAGUGAGGGGGUGUAUGAUCCGCCCGACUCCCCCGAGGAUCGCGAGUUCUACCUGGACUACAUGUGCAGCAUCAUGAUCCCCCUGGUGCUUGCACUGAUCCUGUUUCUCCUCCUCGCCUACAUCAUGUGCUGCCGUCGGGAGGGAGUGGAAAAACGGGACGCAAAGACACCAGACAUUCAGUUGUAUCACCACCAAACCAUCCAUGACAACACUGACGAGCUGCGGACCAUGGCAGGGGGUCGCAGUGCCCCCCGGCCUCUCUCCACCCUCCCCAUGUUCAACACCCGGACCGGAGAGAGGAUGUCUCCCCUGCAGAGACCCUUCGACCCUGACAGCUCCCACAUCCCCCUCAUCCUGGCCCAGCAUGAUCCAAACACUGACACACUACCCAGGUAAACAUCUUUACGGAAAGAACAUUUCUGCUUGCUGCAAAUUUCUCCAUCAGAUCUCUAUAACCAAUACAGCCACUGGAAGAAAACAUCAACAACAGAACACAGGCUUUCUGAGAAUUGUGUGGUAACUUUGUGAAGUAGAUAACACUGGUGUUCUGAGGGUUACGUUCAAACCACUCAUUUCACUUGUGAUCAGGGGUUAGAUUUUGAAGAAUAAAUGCAUUUGAUUGUUUAAUCCUGAACUUAUUAAUAAUUGUGUAUCGGAAAACCCCAUAAUGAAAACAUUUAAAAAAAUGAUCUGUUACUGUUGUAUAAAUACAUUUAAUAUGUACACUCCAACCAAACCUUUCAGAUUAACCACCUGAGUUUAGUUGUUUUCCUACAUAAUAAAGUAAUAUAUGAGUAAUAUGAA